UUUUGACAACAAAUUGAUUUCUGCAAUUUCGAGAAGGUAUAUCAUAGUUUUAAACAAGCUUUCCAUCUAAAGCUGAACCAAAGAAGCUAAAAAGGAAGAUGGCUGAGAACGUCUUCUUAUUCAUUCCAAAUAUCGUGGAUUAUCUGCGAGUGAUCACUGCUUUCGUUUCCUUCUACUACCUGCCCACAGACCCUUGGAGUGCCUCGUUCUGGUACUUACUGAGUGGGUUUCUAGAUGCCAUUGAUGGACAUCUUGCCAGGAUGUUGGACCAAAGCAGCAAACUGGGUGGCAUGUUGGAUAUGCUGAUUGACCGCUGUGCCACCAUGUGUUUGAUGGCCGCCCUAUGUCACUUCUACCCAAAGUACAUGUUGUUCUUCCAGUUCAGUAUGGCAUUGGACAUCACCAGUCACUGGUUCCAUGUUCAAAGCUCUCUGAUGAAGGGUGGAGAAAGUCACAAAAAACUGGACCUGUCUGCCAAUCCAGUUCUUAGACAUUAUUAUCACAAUAGAAUAAUCCUCUUCAUUAUGUGUUCUGCCAAUGAGCUGUUCUUCUGUAUGCUGUACCUGACAUACUUCACUCCAGGGCCCACAUUUCUAGGAGUUGGGAUUUUCCAGGCUAUUCUCUAUGUCAGUGCUCCAUUAUCCUUCAUCAAGGCAGGAAUCAGUGUCCUCCAGCUCAUCGCUGCCUGCAAUAACAUCGCUGUCAUUGAUCAGAGUGACAGAGAGGCUAGGAAGGCCAAGUAAAAGAGAUUAAUCGGCCAUUGAUUGGAGAGAAAGUGAUCGUAAGGAGAAAACUCUGCAGCAUUGAACAGCUUGAAGCAAUCCUAGAGAUUACAGACAGUAAUACUGUCCUGUAUUUUACUUGUUUGUUGUUUUGUCUUUUUAUAUCUUAUAUUUUUUUAAAUGUUGAUACUAUUUAAGUAUUUUAGGUGAGAAAGAUUUUAUUUUGAAUUUGUGAAAUCCUGUCAUAUACAUAUUAGAGUAUUUCAUACUUGAUUUGGAUUCUGUCAUCAUUAAAAUUAUUUAUUGAUAUAUAAUAGACUUUGAUAAACAAACAGGCAGACACUGAUUUGAAUGAUGUUGAUUAUUUUACAUUUAAUGUAUGCUAGAAAUUCUCAAUAAACUGAUAAAAAUUGCAGAUACAGUGUCUAUGUAUACACAGAUUAUUAUGGUGUGUAAAAAAAUUAAGAUCAAAUUAAAGUAAGAUGCAAUGAACAAUUUUUUUUUUCCUGUACACUAUUUGAUAAAAAGCAGUCUUCCUCUAGUGUACCUUUAAAGUACCAAAUAACACUGUUUGUUUUUAUGUUUAGCUUUAUCUUGGUAUACAGGAUGUGUCUGUGGGCCCAAAUGACUAAUGUAUACAGGGUUGUUUUGCUCCAUGUUUUCCCCCUUCUACCCUCUCAGACAGUUUUGCCCUGGCUUGAAUUUGUUCAUACACAGUUAAAUAUAGAUACCAGGUACUCUUUCUAAUAAAUCAGUUACUAUAAAUUGUUUUGAAUUUGCUCAGACUUUAGUUUCGCCUGCUAACAACCAGGCCAAAAGGGGUGAAAAUAAAAUGGGGCGAAUAUUUCCCUGUGUACAGUAAUACUGCAAACAGUAAAGGUUGAUAGAAAAACUCAGAAAAAUAUAAUUGUUUUACUUUGAAAGUAUUACAGUGUGGUGUUCAGAUACAUGAAAUAAAAUAUAUUGGAGCAUUUCACAAAAAGGGGACAAACUGCUCAAACCAUUCCAAAUGAGGAUAAAGAAAAUAUAAACAUUUAAAUCAAUUUUUUGGUGGAAAGCAUUUAAUGGGGGAUUUUUGCUGGAAUUCCAGCCAAUAACUUUGUUCACUUUCAAAGAAAAAUAGUACUUAACACAUGUAUGCUAAUAUGCUAUGUAGUUUUUGUUAAAGUCAUGGCUUUUGCUAUAUUCUGAAUGAUGUUACAGAUUCGAGUAGUUAAUGUGUUGUAUUUUGUAGGUGCAUUGUGCAAUACAGUUGUAAAUUUA